CAUUGCUGAACAAAGGUGAGACACCAUGACAGGGUGUGAGAUCUCUGCGGAAAAACAAACUAUUGGAAGACUUUCAGCACUCAAAGGAAGGAACAGUAACUUGGUGAGUCCUGCUUUUGGAAGACAAUUUGGAUACAAAUGGCUGAGAAAACUGCUCUCGUUGAAAGUUUCCUGAGUUGCCAUGUGUGUUCAGAGACAUUCAGAGAUCCUGUGUCUCUGAGCUGCAACCACAGCUUCUGUUCAAGCUGCCUGCAAAAAUUCUGGGAACAAGCUGGAAACAGAAACUGUCCCAUUUGUAAAAGAAAAUCCUCAAAGGAAGAUCCAGGAGUGAACUUUGCACUGAAGGAACUGGCUGAUGUCUUUGCUGGGAGACAGAAAGCUGAAUCAUCUGAGACAGAAAAAGAAAAAGAGAAAGAGGAGGCUGUGUGUGAGAAACAUCCAGUAGUCUCUUAUUGGUUCUGUGAGGACGAGCAGAGAGCUGUGUGUCCUGUCUGUGAGUUUUCUCUGCACCAGAGUCACAAGGUGGUUCCUGUAGAACAAGCAGUCAGUGACCUGAAGGACCAGCUGAAAUCUGACUUAAAGUCUCUGCAGGACAAGAGGGACAAAUACAAACAAGUGGAGGAAACAUACAAUGAAGUGAUUCAACAAUCAAAGAAGCAGCUGUUGUCCACAGAGAAGCAGAUCAGAGCAGAGUUCAACAAGCUCCACCAGUUCCUGAGGGAGGAAGAGGAGUCCAGACUGGCAGCUCUGAGGGAGGAAGAGGAGCAGAAAGAGAAGACUGUGAGCAGAGAGAUGAAGAAGAUUCAGCAGCAGAUCUCCUCUCUGUCAGACAGCAUCUGUGCUGUUGAAGAAGACCUGCAGAAACACAACGUGCCAUUCCUCAGCAGUUAUAAAGCCACUCAGACCAGAGCCAGAGUCCAGUGCUCCCUGUCAGAUCCACAGCUGCUCUCAGGAGCUCUGAUAGAUGUGGCCAAACACCUGGGCAACCUGUCCUUCACAGUCUGGGAGAAGAUGAAGGACAAGGUCCACUUCAGUCCUGUCAUUCUGGACCCAAACACUGCAAGCCGCUCUCUCUAUCUGUCUGAUGAUCUGACCAGUGUGAGAGAUGGGGACACAAAGCAGCAGCUUCCUGAUAAUCCAGAGAGAUACACUUAUCACUCCAGUGUUCUGGGCUCUGAGGGCUUCCGCUCAGGGAAACACAGCUGGGAGGUGGAGGUGGGAGACCAUCCUGGCUGGACUGUGGGUUUGGCUAAAGAGUCAGUUGACAGGAAGGGGAAGCUGUGUGCUUCACCAGAAUAUGGACUCUGGUGUUUAUUGCGUCGCAGUGGAAAAUACACUAAUGGUCUUGGUGAGACUGUCAGAGUGAAGAAGAGUCUCCAGAGGAUCAGAGUCCAGCUGGACUACGACAGGGGGAAGGUGUCCUUCUACGACCCUGAAGACAUGACUCACAUCUACACUCACAGAGACACUUUCACUGAGAAACUCUUCCCAUAUUUUAAUAUUGGUGCAGCUGGUGAUGCAAAAACUGCUGACAUCAAAAUAUGUCAAACUGAUGUUUCUGUGUGAUGACCAGGGAGGACGGUGAGGCCGAAGCGAUUCAUUUGGAUUUUUAUCAUGGUGUUGUCAGUUACAAACAACAUCAGCUAGUUCUUUAUAGGUGAGAAUCAUCCUGUAAUUUGAAAGUAAAUGAAGAAAAUGUAGAGAUCCAUGUUAGAUCCAGGUUAGAUCCAGGUUAAUUUGGUGUGUGAGCAUUCUGUCCAAAAUGCUGUUUGUGGCAUAAACAUGCUACAAGAACUGGAGUAGAUUUAAUGUAAAAAAUUUUAAAACUUUUUACAUUCUUUUUACAAGGAUGAGCAACAGUUGUAGAGAAGUUGUGAAUACUUAAAAAACAAAAAAUAGGCUUUAAUUUCAAAUCAUGUAACCACUGAAAGCCUCAUUUUCACGCCACUGUGAGGUCAUUUUUGUACCAUAUGCAGGAACACAGGACAUGAUUUGCCAGAAGAUGAAAAAAUGGAGGAAAACACUUCACACACAAAAAACAAAAAACAGGUGGGACUGGUUCGCCUACAACAGGUAAGAUCCUCCUGCAGAACCUGGGUACAACCUGAGGCAGGCACAGCUACGAAUCUCAUGUUCUUGCACAAGAUUCCAGGAUCUGUUACUUUAACUUGACAACAACUUCCUGUGAAGCCUGCAGUUAUCAGUCACCUGAAUUUACACUGACAAGCUGAAAUUAGAGCUGACAACAUCUUCAAACCUGGUGGCAGCAUUUACAAGUCAUCCAGGUUGUGUUUGCAUCCACCAUUAAUUUCUGUAUUGACCUUUUUUCAGAUUACUGAAAAUAAAUCUGUUUAUUUUGUUCACCUUGACGCACAAACUGACAGAUAUCUACAGGAAACACAGACCAGCUUUCUACUAAAACAACUCUGACAAAAU